GGAGUAGCAGCAGCAGCAGCAGCAGCCAUGAAGGUGGUCGCGCUGGUAAGUGGAGGCAAGGAUAGCUGCUAUGCGAUGAUGCGUUGCAUUCACUUUGGACACGAGAUUGUUGCACUGGCGAAUCUAGUUCCCGAGUGUGACUCCGUCGAUGAACUGGACAGUUACAUGUAUCAAACGGUUGGUCAUCAGAUCGUGGAGGCGUAUGCGCAAUGCAUGGGACUGCCAUUGUUUCGAAAGCGAAUACAGGGAAAGCCCAAAGCUUUUGACCUCAAAUAUUCAGAAACAAACGGGGAUGAAGUCGAGGAUCUGGAAGUACUGCUAAGACAUGUGAAGAGCAGAAUACCUUCGGUUGAUGCGGUCUCGUCCGGUGCCAUUGCGUCCGACUACCAGCGUUUGCGAGUGGAAAACGUCUGUUCCCGACUCGGGCUCGUGUCUCUUGCUUAUCUCUGGAAGCAGGACCAGACUGAGCUUUUGCAGCAAAUGGUUGACAGUGGAAUCUCGGCAAUCUUGAUAAAGGUAGCCUCUAUGGGUCUGCAACCUCAAAUACACCUCGGGAUGGAGCUCUCUGCUGUAUUUCCGGUCCUUACACAGCUUCAUGAACAGUUCGGUGCCAAUGUCUGUGGUGAGGGUGGCGAGUACGAAAGCCUUACUCUCGAUUGCCCGCUUUUCAAGAAUGGCCGGAUUGUUUUGGAUGAGUCCAGUACUGUCCUUGUGUCCACAAGCUCCAUCGUCCAGGUUGGAUUCCUUCAUCCCAAACGGUUCCACGUAGAACACAAGGGAUUGGAAGAUAACAGAGACACCGGGAAGGUGUAUUGGGUAGCCGAUGAAGUUGAACGAAGUCAGUGCUUAAAGAAGCAGCAGUCAUGGACGUACGAUGAAGCAACUGGAGAGUGCCGUGUCUCAAAGACCGAGGAUUACGUGACUAUCAGCUGUUGGCUGGCAACAAAAACACAUAAAGGUGCUGGAGAAGAUCUGUCUCGGCUGCUGUACUUGACACUCGAGCUCCUAGCCAAAGAAGACUUAGGCUGGGACGCUGUGCUCUAUAUACAUCUCUACGUCGAGAGCAUGAAGGACUUCGCCCAAAUAAACAGCAUGUACUCUCAACACAUCACGGAAGCGGAUUGUCCACGGGGCGUUCCUUCGAGGUCCACAGUAGAAGUUCCUUUGGCCGCCUGUGGAUUGGGAGAUGUGAUGGUAGAGGUGUUUGCUGCGCGGAACACGUCCAAGAAAGUACUGCAUGUCCAGAGCAUCUCUUGCUGGGCACCUAGCUGCAUUGGCCCCUAUAGCCAGGCCACCUUGCACGGAAACAUUCUUUUUAUGGCAGGUCAGAUUGGACUCGAUCCUCCUACCAUGGCCUUGGUGACGGACGGACCUGCUGCAGAGACGCUUCAGUGUCUACAGAACGCUCGAGCUGUUGCAGAAAGUUUCGGAUCGGCAUCAACGAUCUUCAUCACAGUCUACUGCAGCCUCUCCCUGAACAAACAGCAGAGGGAGGAGGUGGAGAGCCAAUGUACAACGUUCUUCGGCGACGGUGCUGUGCUGCCGAUCAUUUUCUACGUCCUCGUCUCUAGUUUACCAAAGGGCUCAAGUGUUGAAGUCGAGCCUCUACUUACUUGUUUGUCCAGCAACGAGGCCAGUGACGUCGAGGCUUCUGGGAUGACGAAAAAGCUUGUGCAUGCACUGCCAGCUCCUGCGGAGGGGAUUUGCUCGUCGGACUGCUUCUCCAUUCCGGGGCAUAUUUGCCGGGCACUGGUGUCUGUGAGAUCGUCAUCGCCACUUUCAAGCAAUUUUUCCUGGCUGGUGGAGCUAGUUGCCAGCAUUCUAAAAGACGCAGAUCUCCAAUGGUCGGACAUUUCGGCGUUUCGCGUUUACUUCGUGGGAAAGAAAACUCGUUUUGACGAAACAGCGGUGAGGAGUUUCUUCGAAGCGCAUUUCCCAGCAUUGGUAGUGGUUCCCGUUCAUGGUCUGGGACACGACACCGAAUUUAAGGUGUCGCUCACUCUCGACAUUGUUGCGCUUAGAAGCCUGCAAUGCACAUAAAAGGGCGGACAAGAGUGCCAUCCAGACAACGGAGUUGGACGUGUAAGGCAUGCUGCUCGCAGUUUCUAGUGCCUCGUCCAGUCGA